AUGUACGCCGAGCCCGAGGCGGCCACAAUUAGAUUGUUCUCGAAUGCCCCCGAGCCCGGCGCCGAUGACAGAGACCACGUCGGAACCUCGUUUUCGUUUUUCUUGCAACUUGCCUACCGGACUGACUUAAUUAGAUGGCUUGAAGCGGUUGUUCAUUUUGAUAGUAGUGUAAUCAAUGUUGUGUCUAAACCGUCAUCUGUGGGCUGCGACUGUGUUUCUGAAGAGAAGCUGCGGGCAAUCAUAAAGCAGGAAGUUACUAGUAUUCUUCACAUGGCCAUUGAUCGUCGAGUCACUGACAGAUUAAAAUCUAUACAAGGCGAUUUGCUUGCGGUUCAGGAUUCAAUCAGUUUUGUAAACAAUGAGUUUGAAGAUCUAAAAAAACAGAUCGAGGAAAAGUCGUCAGUGAUUACUAAACUGGAAGCUGCUGGUUCCGUAAUGUCAUCCACGAUUGUUGAGCUGUCUCGACGACUUGCUGUAGCUGAACAGCAUUUGCGGGAGAGUAACAUUGAAAUCAACGGUAUUCCUGAACAUAGGUCUGAAAACGUCUGUAGCGUUGCGAAACAGCUUGCAGGCACUGUUGGUUGUUCUCUGGAUGACUGCGAUAUAAUUCAUGCAACUCGUGUUGCUAAACUCUCUAAUGAGAAUAACAGACCUCGUCCCGUAGUGGUGAAGCUUAAAAGUCCUCGUCUGCGGGAUUCACUUUUGGCGGCAGUGGCAGUGUUCAACAGGAAAAACCCAGAGGACAAGUUGAGUUCUAAACAUCUUGGUAUUGCUGGAACUCGUGUGCCUAUCUACGUGGCUGAGCACCUAACUCCUGCAAACAAGGCUCUUCAUGCUGCGGCGCGCAUAAAGGGGAAAGAGAAUAAAUAUAAAUACAUUUGGGUACGUAAUGGAAAGAUAUUUGUUCGUAAAGAUGAAAAAUGUCAAGCUAUUCAAAUUCGAACCAAUGAAAGUCUGAAGCUUAUUAUUUGA